GCACGGCUCAAGGCGGAUCAAUCUGCGGUAGGCGCAACUGCGAAUUACGCGCGCCGCGCGACCUUAUUGAAAAACAAACGACAAUAACAACAACAAACGACAGCUGUUUACGGCGAGGGCGGCACACGUCGCACGUCGAAAUACCGACGAAAUACCAUUAAUCGCCGUUCGUUUUUCGGAAUAAUCAGAUCUGCCGCGAACCGAUUGGGCGUUUGCCGAGUAUCACGCACCAGACCGACCCGUUCGCCUGACCGCUGCGUCCGCCCGGAAAUCCGCUGUCGCGAUUGUAAGUAUCGGCCGAGAACUCGCCGGCCCGUUUACAUAUCGUUUCGCCGGCAACAAUGUCGUCGGUUUCGCGAAUUACCGUCGACGCUCACGGCUCUCCAACAAUUACACGGGGCUUUUAUGUUGCAUAACACCCGGUAUUGGAGGUCCGUACUCGGUGUGUAACAAUAACAAUAACAACAACAUUAUUACAGUCGUCGGUCGGGCAUUGUUGUCGCGGCGGUCGUCCCCACUGCGUAGAAUUUUGUAGUUUGGACCGGCCGUGCUCUUUGUUUGGCAGUUACGCGUCCCUCGCACCGUUCCCCCGUCGAUGUACUUAAAUGCGAGUAGACAUAAUUUACGCAGUUGAUCCGGCCGUCAGUCGCCGCCCGUCGUUCCCGUUUCUCGCGUGAUUCUCUUCGCGUUCACAAGAACGACAUUUACGUUCUACUCGCAAUUGACGUGUCCGCGUCAUAUUCUACCCAUUGCUGACGUCCAUUUUUUUUUUCAUCGUACAACAAAGAUUUCCGUCGGCCUUUCGAAAAUAACGCGUAAGUGUACCGUGUACGUCGUACCACUCGUACUUUGCUGGAAAUUAGUUUUUCGAAGACCAAAUCUUUGUUUGGUUUCCUUUGUUUUGAUAAAAUUGCUGACGCGUUUGUUAAUAAUUCCGAUCAUCUCGUACCUACAUUAUUGACAAUCGAUCACAAAGGAAAACUUUAAUUAGACAAUAAUGAUAUACCAUAUGUUGUGAUAGUUUUGAUAACCGUUUUACCGUAACUAAUGAUUUAGCAACAUCAACGCCCUAUUGACCAUUGUCCAUUUUUGUAAAUUAUUUUAGGCCCUUACUUUUAGUAUUGUUUAAUAAAAAUAUCCGUGUAGGCGUUAAAUCCAAGUAGUUGAUUUUAAAUCUUAAAUACGAAUUCCGUAAACCGUCUUAAUUAUUUUUAAUUUUAUUCUUAGUAGGUACCAUGAAGAUAGCCAUUAUUUUGGGACUUGUGGCGUUUGUCAUAAGUGCCGCGACCUCGGUCAACCUAAAUGAAAUCAUUGAAGAAGAAUGGAGUUUAUUCAAAGUAUUCAAACUACUAUAUAUUUAUUAUAUUCUAGGAAGUGUUACGAUUUAUUUUAUUUGUUUUAACUUAUAGAUGCAAUUUAAGAAAAUAUAUGAAGAUGUUAAAGAGGAAACAUUCCGUAAAAAAGUAUAUUUGGAUAAUAAGUUGAAAAUUGCCAGACACAAUAAAUUAUACGAAAGUGGUGAAGAAACAUAUGCAUUGGAAAUGAAUCAUUUUGGUGAUUUGGUGUGUACAUAAAAACAAUAUUUAAAAAAAUAACUGUCUAUACUUAUUAUUAUGUUUGAAUGUUUAAUAUUUUAAAAUAUUCUAGAUGCAACAUGAAUAUGCUGCAAUGGUAAAUGGAUUUAAACCUAGUUUAGUUGGCGGAAUCAAAAAUUACACCGAUGAUGACGCUGUGUCAUUUUUGAAGACUGAAAAUGUAGUUGUUCCAAAAUCGGUUGAUUGGAGAAAGAAAGGAUAUGUAACCCCUAUCAAAAACCAAGGACAAUGUGGGUCAUGUUGGUCAUUCAGUGCAGUAAGUAAAAUAUAAAGGUCACAGUAUUGGACCUUUUGUAAAAUAUUAUUUAGUAUAUCCAGUAUUUUUAAGUAUUUCCAAUUUAAAUUAAUGUAAAUAUGUGUUUAGAUAUUUUACAAAAAUACUACAAGAUUCCCUAAAAUAUUAUUUAAUUUAAAGUUGAUCAUGAGUAUUGAAUUAUUUGAAUAGAUUUUAAAUAUGUAAGUUCUGUAGAUAUCCUAAAAUUUUGAUUUAUUAAUUAGUUGAUAAAGAAUAUUAGUAGGUAUACAAGUAGAUCUUGCUCAGAAGAGCCUAUUAUCUUUUAAAUGAAUACUAAUAAAUAAAUAUAUGUAAGAAGAAAAAGGACAAUUGUUAUUUUAUGACUAUUUUUGACAAGGUCCAAAUCAAUUGUGAAAAUUUGCUAUUUAUAUCAUGCAUUUAUAAAAUUAUAAUUUAAACCAAAUUAUUGACUAGGCCUAAAUUAAUUGUCUACAGAAAAUUUGCUAUGCAAUGUAAAUGGUGUCAAUUGAUGGACUAAUAAGCCGGGCUACUUAAAAAUUGAUUGUAAUUUGAAACACAAAUGUGUAUUUUUCUUCUGGGUUGACACGAAUAAUACAUUUUUUUCUAUAUUAUUUUUCAUUCAAUAUAUAAAUUGAGAUUGAUGAAAAAUACAAAAUAAGCCAUUAUAUAAUAUAUUAUUCAUAUUAGAAAAAUAUAAUAUCAAAACUUGAAAAAUAGAACUAACAAUCUAAAAUAUUUCAAAUAUGCAAAAUAUAGCAGCAUAUAAUUUCAUAUUUGGAGUCCUUGGUACAUAACACAAAUUAAUAGCGUACUUUGUUAUUUUAUUUUCUGUAAUAGUUACAUUAUACUUUAUUUUUAUAAUUAUAAAAAGUAAUAUUGUUGAAUAAUUUAUUUAGUUGAUAAAUAUAUUAACAUGUAUAGUUUUCUAAACGAGAAAUAUAAACUCUGCGACGCAGUAUAAUAGUAAUUUUUCUUAUCACAGAACUAUUGAAAUACACAUAUAUAAUUAUAGAUAACACUGUUAUUGCAUUACAUGAUUUAUUGUGGAAUUUUAAUUUAAUUUUAUUAUUUAUAUUAUUAUUAAACAAACAAAUUAUUAUUAUAUGAUAAUAAUAAUGAUGUUUAUAUCACAUUAAUUCUUCUCGUUAUAAUCAUGAUCAAUUAAAGUCUUAAAAGAAGUUUGAAGAAAAAUAGUUUACAUUUAUUUGUUUUCUGAAUGUAUAUAUUUUUAGUAUAAGAAUUCAUUAUUUUACACACACAAUACUAGGUACCUAUUUCCACAUAAUUGAUAUUCUUGAUAGCCGUGUUAUGAACAAGGUCAAUUUAUUUUUUGUAUAGGAUUAUAUAUUGUAUUGUGCUUAAUUAAUUUUAUUUGUUGCGACUACAAGAAUUUGUAGUUUAAAAUUAUGCGAUUACUCCUUGCAUUGUUUCAUAUGAUAAUUAAUUUGCUGCAAUCUUUAACAGUAAUAGGAUUAGUAGUGUAUUUUAACUAUAUUUUGUAGAUCGAUUUAAGGCAUUAAAAAAUAUAUGUUGGGUAUAACUAUUGAGGUUAAAAUACACUCACUUGUAUCAAUAUUUGUGCAGUGUGUGUUAUUCAUACAUUAUCUAAUUUACUCUAUAUCACAAUGUUAUUGUAUAUUUAGAUAACUCUAAUAUCCAAGUUUGGUUUUCCUUUGGCUAUUCAGAAAAACUAGUAUACAGUAUUAAUUAAUUUAAAUAAUUGAUUAUAUAUAUCAAAUAAAAUAUGUUACCAAUUUUUAAUUGCAAUAAUAAUAUACUGUAUAAAAAAUGAAAUGUUCUGUAAUAGUCUAGUCUUACUAACAAACUAAUACAUUAUUGGUUUAGGUAUAUUGGAUGAGAUUUAUAUGUACUCUUAAAGUAGAUAUCUGAUUGUCCAUACAUUAAUCAACUGGACGUCCAAUUAUCUGGACUAGGAAGAUAAAACUAGAAGUCUUUUAAUUAUAAUUUUAAUUCAUAAUUGUGUUUCUUUUCUUAUUUUUUUCUUUUAAAACAUUUAUCAGAAUAUUUUUUUUUCAGUUUAGAAUCUAUAAAACUACUAAUACUAACAAUACCCGUGUUUUUUCUGUUUUUUCUUGCUGAAUUCAAAAUUCUCAAAUUGUUCAAUAAAGUCUAUUAAUUAAAAUUAUAAAUGACAUUACUUAUGUCCUAAACAAAUUAUUGGUUAACUCGACGAAGCCGACUCGCUUUAAAUUCUAAAACGAUUACAUUUCAUUGAAUAUUAUAAUUUAAUAUAAAAUUUGUAUUGUCUGGCCCUCAAACUUUUUUUUAAUUUAUGAAUAUGGCCAAAGAGUCCAAAAUGGUUGCUGACCACUGAUCUAGUACAUAUUUAUGCAUAUCAUACGUAUAACUUUUAAUGUGUUACAUUUCAAUUAUAUGGAUAUUUGUGUACCUGGAUCAUCCUUGACAUUUAUUAAUCUGGAUAAUUGGAGUUCCACUGUAUUAUUGAACUAUUGAAUUUUUUUAUUUAUUUCUAUACUUAUACUGAUUAUAUUAAUAUUUUAUAAUUAAUCAUUAUAGACCGGAUCAUUGGAAGGACAACAUUUCCGGAAGACUGGUGUGCUAGUAUCAUUGAGUGAGCAAAAUUUAAUCGAUUGUUCUCGAAAGUAUGGUAAUAAUGGUUGUGAGGGUGGUCUGAUGGAUUUGGCUUUUAAGUACAUCAAAGCUAAUAAGGGACUAGAUACUGAGAAAUCAUAUCCUUAUGAAGCUGAGGUAAUACAUUUUUGAGUUUCUUAACAUAUUAUACAUAACUAAUUCAUAUAAAUAUUUACAGGAUGAUAAGUGCCGUUAUGACCCUGAAAGUUCUGGUGCUACUGACAAAGGUUUUGUAGACAUUCCCGAAGGAGAUGAAGAUGCCCUCAUGCAUGCUUUAGCUACUGUAGGACCAGUGUCUGUUGCUAUUGAUGCAUCAUCGGAGAAAUUCCAAUUUUACAAAAAAGGCGUGUAUUUCAAUUCCCACUGUAGCUCCUCUCAACUAGACCAUGGUGUACUCGCUGUUGGUUAUGGCACUGAUAGUAAGGGUGGAGAUUACUGGAUUGUUAAGAAUUCAUGGGGCAAAACCUGGGGUGAUCAAGGCUAUGUAUUAAUGGCACGUAACAAGAAAAACAACUGUGGAAUUGCAUCCAGCGCCAGCUAUCCAUUAGUCUAAAUUAUUAAAAUUUCCAAUACUCAAGGUUUUAGUUUAAUCUGACUUAUGAUUUUAUUAAUUAUUCUCAAUAUUAUAAUAUUGUAUUAUAUAAUAUUUAAGUCAAUAUUUUCUUUGUAUUACUUUUUUUUUCUAAUUAAAAAUGUAUGAAUAAUUUAAUUUUUAUUAUAGUUAUAUUUAGUUUUAAAAGACAUUGAUUAUUUUUCUCUUGGAAAAUAUUGAUGUAAACUAUUUUGCCAUUUAAAUAAGUGGGUAAAUAACUUGUAUAAUUAACAAUAUUAGCAAGAAAUCAAAUAACAUUUUUAUUAUCAAACUAAAAUGUAAACAUAGUUUUUGAAUUACUUAUUUUUUUAAAUUGUGGUGAUCUAUAAUUAAAGAUAAUGCAUUAAAUUGCAUUAUUUCUAUCAUUAUUUAAUAAUCAAUUUAUAUAAUUAUUUUUAUAUCAGUCAAUUUAUAAUAAUAAUGUGUCAUUUAUAAAAGAAAAUACAAUUUGUUAUUUUUUACGAUGCAUGUAAUAAUUAUAUCUAUUUUGACAAUCAUUACUUACUGAUAAUAUGUUAAACAAUUAUAUAAUUAUAUUGUAAUUGUAUUAUGAUUAUUUAAUAUAUUAAAUUUAUUUAUAUAUGUAUUUUUCAAAUUGUAUAUUUUUAGUUCCUAAAAAAAAAAAUCCCCUGUCAUUUAUUUUAGUCA